UUGACAACAUGUCAGGUUGCUAUCUAGUUAGCUAGCCUGCAGGAUAAAUUCAUUCACAAUGGACAGAAAUAAAUAGAUACAGGUUAUUUAACAGCGGUUAAGAAGAUAUGGUGUUGCAACGUGAACGAUUGUCUUGCUUUUAGCUGAGUUCGCUUCAGUCAAAAGUCAUCGAAAGCAACACAAUCAAAAGAGAAGACUAAGAGUGUGCCAUGGCGGCUGGUGUUAGCCUGCUGACUGAUGUGCCCUACUCUUCCUCUGGGGACCUCAACACAGGCAACAGCAUGAACACAGUCAGUACUCGGGUCCCCACAGCCAAGUACACCAAGGUGGGGGAGACUUUGAGACAUGUGAUCCCAGGUCACAUGCAGUGCUCCAUAGCGUGUGGAGGGAGGGCUUGUAAAUACGAGAACCCGGCCCGCUGGAGUGACCAGGAGCAGGCCGUUAAGGGACUGUACUCCUCAUGGAUAACUGACAACUUGCUGGCGAUGGCAAGGCCUUCUACUGAAAUCCUUGAGAAAUACAAUAUCAUAGAGCAGUUUACAAGGUGUGGCCUUCGUACGGUGAUCAACCUGCAGCGUCCCGGGGAACACGCCAGCUGUGGCAACCCUCUGGAACAUGACUCUGGAUUCACCUACAGACCUGAGGUGUUCAUGGAGGCCGGCAUUUAUUUCUAUAACUUUGGCUGGAAGGACUACGGCGUGGCGUCCCUGACUACUAUACUGGACAUGGUCAAGGUGAUGUCGUUCGCCAUCCAGGAGGGAAAGAUGGCCGUGCACUGUCACGCCGGCCUAGGGAGGACAGGUGUGUUACUGGCGUGUUACCUGGUGUUCACCUCUCGUAUGAGUGCGGACCAGGCCAUCCUGUUUGUCAGAGCCAAGCGGCCCAACUCCAUCCAGACCCGAGGCCAGCUGCUGUGUGUCCGGGAGUUCGCCCAGUUCCUGGUUCCGUUGAGGAACGUGUUCUCCUGCGCAGAACCCCGGGCCAACGCUGUUACUCUGUCCCAGUACUUGACUCGCCAACGCCACCUGCUGCACGGGUACGAGGCGCGGCAGAUGAAGAACGUGCCAAAGAUCGUCCAGCUGGUCUGCAAGGUCCUCCUGGACAUCGCUGCCAAUAGACAGGUGGUGGUGGAGGAGGCGGAGGUUCCAGACCUGACGGUGGAGGUGGAGAAGACAGUGUCCCAGCAGGCCAUCCAGCUGCUGGGGAAGGAGAUGAGAGGGAAGGGCAUCCCUGUGCCUUCACCCCGCCUGCCUUGUCCCCGCCCUGAGACAGCCCUAACCCAGCCUUGUCCCCACCCGGAGACAGCCCUAACCCAGCCUUGUACCCACCCUGAGACAGCCCUAACCCAGCCUUGUCCCCGCCCUGAGACAGCCCUAACCCAGCCUUGUCCCCACCCUGAGACAGCCCUAACCCAGCCUUGUCCCCACCCUGAGACAGCCCUAACCCAGCCUUGUCCCCACCCUGAGACAGCCCUAACCCAGCCUUGUCCCCGCCCUGAGACAGCCCUAACCCAGCCUUGUCCCCACCCUGAGACAGCCCUAACCCAGCCUUGUCCCCGCCCUGAGACAGCCCUAACCCAGCCUUGUCCCCACCCUGAGACAGCCCUAACCCAGCCUUGUCCCCACCCUGAGACAGCCCUAACCCAGCCUUGUCCCCACCCUGAGACAGCCCUAACCCACACACUACACAUGGAACGACCUCUCACUCCAAACCUAGCACUACUCCAGGAACCAUCGUUACACUUAGAGCCCCCUCUCAGCCCAGCCCUGGCCCACGACUCGGUUCUGUCCAGUGACCAGGAGCUGGACCCUCUGAGGCAGCGGCAGAAUGGGGUGGCAGCCUCCCUCCUGAAGCCUCUGCAUCCGGGGAAACGCUUGCUGAGUUACAGUGACUCAGCCUUGUAUAAGCUAGACCCCAGACGAGACCCAGACCAGGAGCAGAACCAGAACCACAUCUGGAGCAUCCCUUGCGGCAAUCCUCUGACCCAGCACCAGCUAGCCACAGCCUGGGAGCCCCCCACAUCCCCUAGCCUCCCUCCACAGCACCACCCCUUCUCCAUGGGAGAGCAGACGAGGGAGGAGAGGCGAGGAGGACAGGAAAGGAGUUCUAAGGAGAGUGAUCACCACACCCAGAAGAACAUGUCUCCUCUCUUCCAGAGACGGAAGCAGCUCUGCGAGGGCCAGCGAAGUCUGUCCUUUGGGUUUGGGGGUAGUCUGUCCAAGCCCUCAGGAGAAGAGCUGUCAGAGGGGAGGCCGUGGAGAGGAGAUAUGCCUGUGAUGAGCCUUACAGGAGGAGAGGAGUCUGUGUGUGGGGUAGACAGGGCUGGAGACAGAGAGCAAAGAGUGAGGGGGAAGGCUGGAGAAAGAGAGGACAGAGAGGAACGGAAGGACAGAGAGGACAGGGAGAGGCUGACAGAAGUCCCUGUCAUCACCCUGUAUGCUGAGCUGUCCCUGGAAGCCAGACGUCUGCUGGUGGCCAGAGCUCUGUCUUUGGGCCUGAAUGAUGAAGUUCUCCACUACAAGGUCUCAGUGUGGCAGACAGAGCUGAACUCCAGAGAAGGAGCCUGGGAGAGGCUGAGUCUAGAGAGAGACCCUAUGGUGCUGGCUGGUCUCAUGUGGUCCUGGCUGGAGCAGCUCAAAGAGCCAAUCAUCUCCUCUCAGGAUGUCCAGGCCCUGGGCCAGAAAAACUACAAUUCUCAGCAUGCACUCAGUUCUCUGGAGAAGGACCACAGACUGACCCUGCUCUGUAUCCUGGACUGUGCUGCUCAUCUGCUGGCCUUACCUGACAAGGAGGAAGCUGACUUCCUCAAUCACACCAUCAAGGUGUUCACUAAGAUCUCCUCAGAGAGUGACCAUGUUCUACACCAGACACUGAUGGCCACCCUGACUCCCAUCCUGCAUCAGUUGAGAGACAGAGCCGAGGAGGAGAUGGAGUCGACCAACCACUCCUCCUGAUGUUCCCUUGGACCUCUCCUCUCCCCCCACCCCCCCCCUGUUUUGACCAGCUAACCUCCUCCCGCCUCUCCUCCCCUUCUUUCUCUCUCCUGGCCCAACGUUAAAGGAAAACUCCACCCAAAACUAUAUUUUGGUAUUUGUUUCAUUAGUCCAGUGUUGACAUAGUCCCAAACUGUUUUGCUUGUCAGCAAUCAAGUUUUUAAGUUAUGUAACUUUCAAAAUGCGUCAUAUGGGGAUGAUUUCUGUAUUUUGAAAGUUACAUAUCUUGGAAACUUGAUUGCUGACAAGCAAAACAGUUUGGGACUAUGUCAACAUUGGACUAAUGAAACAAAUACCAAAAGAUAGUUUUUAGGUGGAGUUUUCCAUUAAGCUCUGUCCUGACUGCUGCUGCACUGCGUUCCCUACUGUUACCAAGCUUUAGAUUAAAUCAUUUUGAUGUUGUAUGACAACGUGAUGUGAUUUCAGCAUCAAGGUUUGUUUUGGUUUGUUUUUUAGCUAUUUCUUAGUGUUCGUUUUUUUUUAAAUGUAAAACUGCCAUACUGUGUCAAUGUGCCAGGUGAUGUUUCAGCUACAUGACUUAGUGUUCUGAUCUCAUCCAUCUACUACUGUAGGUGUUGCUGUGGAAACGGAUGGUUGUCCCAAAUAGCACCCUAUUCCCUAUAUAGUGCACUACUUUAGACCAGGGCCCUUUUCCCUAUAUAGUGCACUACUUUAGACCAGGGCCCUAUUCCCUAUAUAGUGUACUACUUUAGACCAGAACCCUAUUCCCUAUAUAGUGCACUACUUUAGACCAGGGCCCUAUUCCCUAUAUAGUGCACUACUUUAGACCAGAACCCUAUUCCCUAUAUAGUGCACUACUUUAGACCAGGGCCCUAUUUACUAUAUAGUGCACUACUUUAGACCAGGGCCCUUUUCCCUAUAUAGUGCACUACUUUAGACCAGAGCCCAAUGGGUCAUUGUCAAAGGUAUGUAGUGCACUAUAUAGGGAAUAGGGUGUUGGUCGGGACGUUGGUUUUUGUCAGCAUUGACUGGAAAGGGAAUCCUGAUGAAAUGAAUGUAAAUGUUAUUUUAUUUCAGUGAAGAAUUGAACUUCUGCUCAGCUGAAGAAGAAAAAUAAAAACUUGAUUUAAUUUGAACCAAAAUAUA